CUUACAGGAUUGAAAAAUAAUUCGCAUUUUUCUUGUUUCUCAAUCGAAUUAAAGGCUUUCACAGGGUUUCUCUCUCCUCUUUCUUCUUCUUCUCCUUCUUCUUCUUCGUUGUUUUGCAUUGUGGAAUAUCGAAGGAGCCAUUCUUGUGGCCACUGAAUCAAAGGAAUCGAGCUACCGAAUCGUUAUUUUCAGAUCUGAAUCUCAAUCCACCGACUUUCACUUCGAUUCGUUAUUAGCCAUUGCAAGGUUACGCCGAUUCUGAUUCCUCCUCACUUUCCAUGUUCUUCUCCGAAUCUCGAAAUUCACCUUAUUCUCUGUGUUAAAGAGAUCUUGAAAAUUGGCGCCCCAACGCCGUUCGCAGCGCCACGCGGGUGGCCAGAUGCAGCAGAGCAAUGCUGCAGCCGCCGCUCUUUAUGACGGCGGCGGUGGCCCUCUGCACGGCGCGGGGAAUGCAGCCACUGAUGCCGGCGAUGCGGUCAUGGCGCGGUGGCUGCAAUCUGCCGGGUUGCAGCAUCUGGCCUCUCCCGUGGCUUCCACUGGCAUCGAUCAUCGCCUCGUUCCGAACCUUCUCAUGCAGGGUUACGGAGCGCAGUCUGCUGAAGAGAAGCAGAGGCUCUUUAAGUUAAUGAGAAACCUCAAUUUUAACGGGGAAUCUGGUUCAGAGCCAUAUACACCCACUGCCCAAAUUUUAGGUGGAGUACCUUUGUCAGAUGGGCCUUACUCUCCUGACUUCAGGGGGGAUUUUGGAGCUGGCCUUUUGGAUCUUCAUGCUAUGGAUGAUACAGAGCUUUUGUCUGAGGAAGUUAUAGCAGAAUCUUUUGAGCCAUCACCAUUAUUGCCUGCAGAUACUAGAGCGUUUCAAGAUGAUUUCAAUCCAGUUAACAGCAAACAGGAACAAGGAGAAGCAGAUUUUGACGCACCAAUUUCUUUGCCUAUGAAUGAAUUAGAUAAUAGUACAAGGGAAAAUAAUGUUGCAAAGAUUAAAGUUGUGGUGCGCAAAAGACCUUUAAACAAGAAGGAGCUUGCCAAGAAGGAGGAUGAUGUUGUAUCUGUAUCUGAUUAUGCAUAUUUGACGGUUCAUGAACCCAAACUAAAGGUUGAUUUGACAGCUUACGUGGAGAAACACGAUUUUUGUUUUGAUGCUGUUUUUGAUGAGAAUGUUACCAAUGAUGACGUAUAUCGAGAUACAGUACAACCAAUUAUUCCUACAAUUUUUGAGCGAACCAAAGCUACCUGUUUUGCUUAUGGUCAAACAGGAAGUGGCAAAACGUACACAAUGCAGCCAUUACCACUCAGAGCUGCCGAAGACCUUGUUCGGCAGCUGCAUCAGCCAUUUUACCAAAAUCAGAAAUUCAAACUGUGGCUUAGUUACUUUGAGAUAUAUGGUGGAAAACUUUUUGAUCUUCUUGGUGACCGAAAGAAACUUUUAAUGAGGGAGGAUGGAAGGCAGCAAGUUUGCAUUGUAGGACUGCAAGAAUUUGAAGUUUCUGAUGUACAAAUUGUCAGAGAAUUCAUUGAGAAAGGGAAUGCUGCAAGAAGUACAGGAUCCACUGGUGCUAAUGAGGAGUCCUCUAGGUCACAUGCUAUCUUACAACUGGCUAUAAAGAAGCACAAGGAGGUGAAAGAGAGCAAGCGGAACAACGAUAAGAAUGAAGAAAGAAAUGGGAAGCUUGUGGGGAAGAUUUCUUUCAUCGAUCUUGCUGGAAGUGAAAGAGGUGCUGACACUACUGACAAUGAUCGUCAGACACGAAUCGAAGGAGCAGAAAUCAAUAAAAGCCUUUUGGCUUUGAAAGAAUGCAUUCGUGCUCUUGACAAUGAUCAGAUCCACAUUCCAUUUCGAGGAAGUAAACUUACUGAGGUGCUUCGGGAUUCCUUUGUGGGCAACUCAAAGACUGUUAUGAUCUCCUGUAUAUCCCCAGGUGCAGGAUCUUGCGAACACACGCUUAACACCUUAAGAUAUGCAGAUAUAUGUCUAUCAAAAAGUGGAAAUCCCAGAAAAGACCAGCCCCCAAAUCCAGCACCACAGGCUAAUAAGGAGGUUUCAUCUACAUCUACAUCAUCCCUUCCAGCUGGUGCUGGUUCGGAAAAUUUUUAUGAUCAAUGUCAAGUGAAACCAAUGGAUAUUGGCAGGAAAUUUAUUGAAAAGGAAAGUUCUUUGUACAUCUCUGCCGCUGAUGUUGACAAACAGCUCCUUGUCAAUGAACGAGAGGAAAAAGGCUUAGGUUCUGCUUCAAUGGACAAGGAGAGGUUUGAAGUGAAGAACUCGUGCAAUGGUUCUACCAGUCAAAGUAUGAACUCUUAUUCACAAAAUGAUACUGAUGAGAGAAUGAAAAAGGUUUCCUCGCCAUAUAGAAGAAGGCCUAAUGAUACUGAAAGGCCUGCAAACUGCAUGAAAAGGGAUUCCAAUGGUUCUGACAUGUUCACCACUAACUCCUACCAGCAGAGCAUAGGGAACUAUAACUCAAUUGCCACUGGAUCCAGGCUCUAUGAAGCAGAAUCCUCUCCUAAUAAUAAUAUCAGUGAGAUACUUGAGGAGGAAGAAGCACUAAUUGCUGCUCAUAGAAAAGAAAUUGAGGACACUAUGGAAAUUGUUCGUGAAGAAAUGAAACUAUUGGCAGAAGUGGAUAAGCCAGGAAGCCUUAUUGACAACUAUGUAACCCAACUGAGCUAUGUGCUUUCUCGAAAAGCAGCUAGCCUUGUGGGGCUUCAAGCUCGCCUUGCAAGAUUCCAACAUCGACUGAAAGAACAGGAGAUACUAAGUAGAAAAAGACUUCCUCGUCAAUAGAAGACUUGGUUUCUCUUAUUGAAUGUCGAUGAUGAUCUGCAUUCUUGUGUUGGUUAGCUAUAGAGUUGAAAGGUUUUCUUUCAUAUAAACAGAUUAUUUUUUUUCUUUUCUGGAUAUAUAUUCUAAUUAAACUUACAUGUAUAUGGCCAUAUGUGAUAUGUUUGGCCUCCUUUUGCCGUUGCAAAUUUGGUAAAAGUCUGUGUAUGGCCCCAAAAUUUUAAGUUUGAGAGGCCGAAGGGGAAAAAAAAUUGCAAGCUGAUAGAAAAUUGAAAUCCACAGGUUCAAAUUGUAUUAUCAGGUAA